AGAACCCCGCCCGCUCGAGUACGACUCCACACUAUGUGCGGACCUCGCUACGUUUUGCAAGUACAUACCGAAGAUGUGCUAUAGUAUUAUUGACACAAUUUAUGACGGCAAAAGCGUCACAGCAACUAACAAACAAUAUAUCGAAAAGAAUGCCAGAGAAAUAUUAAAAGCUACCAACAGCAUGACUGCAAUACUCGGCAGCCCCGACACAAAGAAAGCGUUAGAAUACUUCAAAGCGGUAUUCACUAACACUAAAAUCGACCCACAUCACCCACCUAAUGAGGCUAGCACCUCUGUCCCGAUAUUCGACGCCGAAUCGAUCAAAAACGAUAUCAUCACCAGCAUUCAAUCUGUCAUGGAAAAACAUAUACAAACUAUCAAUGAUAACACGGAAAAACAAAAUAAAAUAAUCAACGAAAUCCAAAAACAACAAUCUCGACUCACCUCCACCCCUACAGAUGCACAGCAACCACGCACCACAUAUAGCGCAGUUGCUGCGACUCCCGCCCGCACUCAUAACCGGCGCGCCGUUCCCUAUCAACCUAAACCCCCCACGUCUGUCCCUAAGACGCGGCCGGCCAUCAUUGUUACACCCAAAUCCGACGACAAAAUUCACAACUCUGAAGAUGCUGUAAAGCUCUUCAAACAAAGCAUCUCAUUUCGAAACACUGGAUACGCGCCGGCUAGAUUGCAGGCCAUAUCGAAGAACAAGCUGCGGGUCGAAUUCGAACGCGCUGAGGAGCGAGAUGAUACCCUCAAAAAAUUACAGGGUGCUCCGGAAGUACGAGCGGAACCGGCACGCCACCUUAAACCCAUGGUUAUGCUCAAGGGCAUCACCAUCGAUACCCCUCCCGAACAACUAACUAACAUAAUCCUCGAGCAAAAUCCCGCCAUCGCGACCUUAGUGGCGAACGGGGCACAAUUUAGGUACCGUCUGCGCAAGGACAACAGAAACCCCAAAUACUACAACGCUGCCUUUAUCGCUGACCCAGCGGUCUGGCGGUGGAUCACUGGGGCGGGGAGGAUCUGCGUGGACUACCAGAGAGUCCAUGCAGAGAACUUCUCCCCGUUCAUGCAGUGCUACCGCUGCCUACAGUUCGGCCACACGCGCGCUAAGUGCGAGGCCACAACCACCCCAUGCGCGCACUGCGCCAAAUCGGAUCACUCAACUGACAAAUGCCCCUCCCUCGAAGGACCGGCCACUUGUUACAACUGUACUCUUUACAACACACGAUACAACAACAAGGCAGACACCUCGCACCGAGCUACCGCGGCCGGCUGCCCGCGAGUCCGUUUGAUGAAAGAUCGCAUCCACAGCAGAGUCGAUUAUGGGGUACCGCAGGGUACGUAGUAUAUUUAUACACAUAUAUAUUCCACAUAUUCUAUAUAGCUAAUGCACAUUAUUGCAAUUUCCGCAACCUUAGUAAAUCUGAAAUAAAAUUGGUUGCAUAUAUAUAUUCAAUAUAAUUAUAACUGCUAACCACCAAAAGCACGACUACACGCUCAUCACCGCAGGUCGAGCGAGGAGAAGAGGGACAUUCUAGGUUCUCACGACUUUUAAAUUUCAGCGGUGCACAUACACCCGAACAUCUGUGGCCCGGGGCAUUUGCAUUGCUCCUGUCCCGUAAGCCAUGGUCACUGCGCGGAUAUAUGUGCUAUUCCUCUUAACAUAUUCAGGACGCGAAUUUCGGGAACGUAGUGAUUGAGCUGGUAGUUCGUUGCAGCUGCCUGGAUGUGGCGGACAAUAGAUGAUUGUCUAUCUCGAAAAAUUUUUGCUGAUAACGAACAACAAUCAAUAGUAUAUCACAUUGUUACUAGAUUAAGAUUCAUUAAUUAUAGGAGCAUCCUAUGCAAUGUAUUUGUAAAUAACAACUGUCCACAAACAUUAUGGAAACACAUGUGUAUCGCCCGAGUAGCACCUGCCCACCACUGGACGGAUUUUUGUGAACCACGCGCGGAGGGGCGGCCUUAUGACCUCCUCAUUGGACCGGGUGGUUUUUUGUCUGUGUAGCCAUCCGCCCAUUGGGGGGGUCGCCUGCCCGCCCCGAAGCGUCUGGAUUUGCG